CCGCGGGUACAUCUCCCGCUUCUUGCGCUGGCUCGGCUUGGACAAGCAGAAUACCAUCGACUACAGAUUGGACCAGCAGUUGAUCACAGAGGUUUUCCGCGAGUUACCGUUCUUGAUCACCCCAGUUUCGUUGCGCACCCAGUACGAGAAACAGAAACUCGUGUGGAAAUAUAUCCACGUGAAGUUGUUGAACAACAAGGCGGUCAACGGAGGGGGACAGCACAUCAACCUGGGUAACUUUGAUGUUGAAAUCAUGAAAGAGCGCUUUCAAAAGUGCUUACCAGGCAUCUUGGCUGAUUCGAAAAACGAGUACAUCUUGCAAAAGCACCCAUACGUAUUUGCCUACGAUGAUUACUUGAGCAUCAUUGAGGAAACGUUGGCUGAAAAAUUUGAGUUCAAGGAUAACAGAGAGAACCAGGUGCGGGAGGGGUCUUCCAGGUCCACUGCCAAUACUUUUUCCGCCGCCUAUGUUGCCUCCAGAGACACAGACCGCGACUCCACUGUGAGCUUUGAAUUCGACGCAGAGGAUGCGAAGCUCGAGGAUCCAAUCGAGUAUGAGUUGAGCAACGGCACAGAUACUGUAAAGCCGGAGACCCGUGCGAAGUUGUUGCACUUGAAGACAAAUAUGCAGAUCUUGGAGUUGAUCUCCCGGACCAUCAAGUUCCAGGACAACACCCCAGCAAUCAAGUGGUCCAACAAGGCUGUUUCCACAUUCUUGCGCAACAUGGUCAUGGAAAGUAUGAAGACGAACGAGUAUGAGCUCAGUGAGUUGGCCCACAGGUUGCGUGAGGCCUUGAACGGUAGCGAUGACGAACUUUCCGGCAAUGGUCGUGAGUACGAGAUGAGAACCUUGGUAUAGGUUGGUGUUAUUUAUUUCCUGGACAUCGGGCUACAAUAUGAAUCUGAAGGGAAAAUGAGAAUAAGAGGCUUCGGAUACGUUAAUGAGUGAAAUACUCCUGAGCUAGGUAACGGGCGAAAAUAGCUAGUUCGAGGGUAGCAUGUGAAACCAAGUCCACCAGUCGACAAUUUCUGUUAGCACCUUUCCAUGCUGAUCUGGCAAAAUAGCCAGUAAUCAUGUAUAUUUAUUAUAUUUCUACAACUAAGAGUG